AAUUAUUGCUGGUUGAAACAUUUGACAGAUUCGAUGGCAGAAAGAAAAUGGUGCCUGGAAAGGAUUUUUCGUGUAUAUUCUCUUUGAUUUUUUGGAAUAGGAUUCCUUUCUCUAAUGCUGAUGAAUCUUACUGUGGUGGACCACCAGAUGUUCCCAAUGCUUACGGCACUGAUAACAGCUCGGUUUCAGAUGGUGCUGUAUUGUAUUAUCAGUGUAUGGAAAGACACGAAUCAGUUUCUGGUGACUCAUAUAGACGUUGUUUACCAUCAGGUGAAUGGGACGGCGAAGAUCUUGAGUGUGUGGCGACAUCGUGUGAAAUAUUAAAAAGACCUGAAAAUGGGGCCGUGAGCUUUUUACAUGUCAACAUCGGUUCCAACGCCACAUAUAUCUGUUUCGAAGGUUAUGCUACAGAAAGCGGAAAUAUGUCCAGGACUUGUCUUGAUAACGGUGAAUGGAGUGGUCAAGAGCCGACAUGUGGAAUCAUCAACUGUCCGACCCCAGAUGAUGUGGAGUAUAGUAUUAUUGUGGCUGACAGCCAAGAAUACAAUUCCUACGCCACCUAUACUUGUUAUCCUGGUUAUUUUGCAUCUCGAGGUGACCUAGAGAGACGAUGUACAGUUAGUGGUACGUGGAGUGGUACGCCACCUUAUUGUGAAAAGAUCCAUUGUGAACACGAUAACAAAUCUUACGAUUGGAAUGCCAAGAUUUAUCUCAAGUGUGGUCGACGUCAAUUUUUAGAUAGUGGUAAUUUGACCCGUACUUGUAUUGGUAACAAUGUGUGGAGUGGAGAUGAUCCUGUCUGUCUGGACAUACAUUGUCCGCAACCCCCUGCUGUAGCUAAUGCUACAGCUAAAACAACAGACAAUGCUCCUGGUGCUUCCGCUGUCUACAGAUGUGAUAAAGGUCACGUAAAUGCCGGAGGAUAUUUAACUGUAUCUUUUUGUCAGCUGAGUGGAACAUGGUCGAAUGUAGAUAUCAACUGUACAGCUGUUUACUGUGGAAAACCACCAAAUUAUAUUGGAGCCAAAUCAAACGUAACGGGUGAAAUGUAUAGAGAUAUUGCUACCUAUGAAUGCUAUAUAUAUCCAGAUGAUAUUACGAUCUACUGGGACCAAUUUUGUAGCGGAGACGGUAUCUGGAUUGGAGAUAAACCAAGAUGCACAGGGUGGGAAAAGAGAAAGUUUGAACCCGUUCCAGUAGAAGCUGAAGGGUCAAUGUGGAUAGGAAUGGCAGUUUUAGCUAUAUUCAUCUCCAUCUUGAUCGGAAUUGUCGUUCUUGAUGUGAUAACGUUUCAGCAUCAUUUGGUCUACUUGAGACGAAACUUACUACAUUUCAGAAAAACGGUUAAAAAGACAAUAAGAGCCCUCCGAACCAAGCCCAGUGUUGUCAAAUUCACACGUCGUCUAGGAAAAUGGCGUGACCAGAGGAAGGUGGCGUCAGCUUCACGUAUUGACCCGGAAGCUGUUAAUGAACCAACAUCUAGCCAUAAACUCACGGAUAUGUACGUCUGCUAGAAAUGAAAUGAACUGAGGCUCAACGUAAAACUUGCAUGUACCAGCGUGGCUACGGGGGGAAAUUUUGGCCUGGUAGUUGACUUAAGUCCCAGCCGAACAACUAGAUGCCUUUUCUUGUCUGACCCUAUACCUUGCAUUACUUACAUGGGGGAAACCAGACUAGGAAAUCACGAGGAACAUUCUCAGUCAACGCUGGGAUCAAACCCUGUUAGUCUUGCUAUGGUGAUCUAGCGCCAUAUUCACCGAGACAUAUCUAAUUUCAAAGCCUUUCAAUUCCAUAUACCUUCAACAAAUGUGUGUAUGUGUGACAUAUCUUAUUCAACAGAAAUGCAUACCGAUUACAGAUAGUAAUUAUGAUUUUUUAAAAAUCCAUCUGGUAUUCAAUCACAAAUGAAUUAACACGUGCGAUAGUCCAAAAAAUAAUGAAACCCUCUCAAUUGCAAUGUUUUGACAGAUACUAAACUAACAGUUGUAAUGAGCUUUUUAUAGUCAUCCCGUAGCAAAAGUAUUCAACAAAAAACUGUAAGUAAUGUGUUUUUCGUCUAAAAAUAUAAUGUUUGUUUAGUUACAAACUGAAAUAAAGAUAAAUGUUAAUUCGUUUUCCAUUGUUUAUUUGUAGUAUCUGUCAGGGAGAGCUUUUCUGUAACCUAAUAUAAGUACCGGGUAUUUCUUAUUUAUUUACAUAUUUAUCCUUUUUUCAGUCUUUUUAGUACUGUAUUGCAUAUAAUGUAGGCCUAGCAUUUUACUUGCAAAAUGUUAAGACUUGGGCAUUGUUUGUUCAGUGAUAUUAUGUGCAAAAAUGCAUACGUUAUUACAUGUGCAAAAGUGUAUCGUAAAAGAGAAUUAAAUGA